AUGGGCAAAAAAGCUUCUCGCCCACCUGUUUCGAAGACUUCGUCCGCUGCUUCGCCCGCAGUGUCCGGCCUCACAUACACCGGGAAUAAGUCUUCGAUACUGAAAGCGUCGUUUGCACCCUCCGAGUAUCAAUUGGCGCUUUUUGCGUCUGUCAUUCAGGGUCUCGAUGCUCAGCACCUCCGAAUUCACGACACAAAUACCGGCCGUUUACAAUGCGAACAUGUCCUGGGUCCCAAGGAGACUGUCACAUCUCUAGAUUGGGGCUACUUCCCUAGCAGACAAAGAGAUCGUGAUCAACAAGCGAAGAAGAAGCGGAAGCGCCAUUCUGACGUCAAUGGUGCUAGCAAUGGAUUUGAGCAAGGGGAUGUAGUUGUUGCUUUUGGUACAAACGCCUCCGAAAUCCGCAUGUACUCGCCUACCGAAGACAAGAUUGUUGGGGCACUCGAGGGUGGACAUGACAAAGGUGUUGUGGAUUUCAAGUUCACUGCGAACCGACCAGGUCAGGAAGGUUGGAGUAUUGGUGGUGAUAACAAACUAGUGCAAUGGGAUUUGCGCACUGGAAAGAGUACCAGAACAAUUCAUCUACCAGCAUCCACCGGAUAUAGCACCCUUUCUCGCCCCGUCCCCUCGAAUCCGCCUGUCGUUUGCGCCUCUCAAACGCCCUACCUGAUCGACGUUGAGGGGGAUGAAUCGACAGCAUCCUUUCCUGCGAUGCGGAACCAGAUUCGGGAAAUUAUCAGUUCCUCCUCAGAAUCCCUCGCGACAGCUCUCUUUCUUGCCUCUGAUGGCGAUCGCUACAUCAAUGUCUUUGACGUUGAGGGCCGGAAGCUUGUGUUGAACCUCGUGGCCGAUACCGAAGUAUCAUCCUUGGCGUUGACUUCGGGUGCAGGACAAAGAACAGACGACGCUCUGACAAUGGAUAAGCAAAUCCUUGCAGCUGUGACCGAAGAUGGCACUAUCGAACUUUUCACAAGACCAUUUGUGCCGUCAAAGGAUCAGAGCUCCAAGACCAGUCUCAAAGCGAGGGGAAAGCAACUCACGAGGCGGGCGGAGUCAUCAAUCAAGAUUACCCAGUCUGAGACCUCGGAUGCCUCUGUACCUGUGGUCGCAGCAGCUUUCCAAGGAACUGAUAUUCUCAUUGUGUGGGCCGAAGGAGGCAUUAUUCCGGUCUUUGAGCGCAUCAACUGUAUCGAUGUAGAUACUGAGGAGUUAGCUUUCACUGGGUUGAAAAAGGUUGUCAAGGCCAAGUCUAGCUCGGUUCUUGCCUCGGUGACAACGAAUGGAACUCGAGCCGCAGGUGAAACCCAAGUCGAUGAAUCUCGAGCAGUGGUCGAACAAGGGGACCUCGUGGAGGAUGAUGUCGAGAUGCAAGAUACGAGGGCUGAUGCAACAGUGGCCGACAGUGAGGAAGAUUCGGACGACGAUGAUGAUGCGAAGAAGCCGGUUGAGAAGAAGGAAACUCAGCAACGGAAGCAGAAGAAGGAUGCGGAUAGUGACGUUGAGAUGCGAUCAGAAGCUGGAGAGGAUGAGGAUGCGGAAGAGAACGAAACGGGAGAGCCAUCCUUUGGCGAGCUUUUGCGGGCCAAUGCUUCGGAAGAAGUCGACGUGGAAGCCGAGCUUGAGGACGACGUCCGUAUUGGAUCUCUCGUCCCUGGGAAACCCAGCGCAGCGGUGCAGCAAAUCACCUCUGGCGUCACGUUGUCUACAGUUCUUACGCAGUCACUCAAGACGAACGACAAUGGGAUGCUCGAGUCAUGCUUUCACACGGGCGAUCUUACCAUUGUCCGUGAAACCAUUCAACGUCUCGACUCUUCGCUCGCUGCCACCCUACUCCAGAAGUUGGCCGAGCGUCUCUCAUCUCGCCCGGGCCGGUAUGGACACCUUCUCGUGUGGGUACAGUGGACCUGUGUUGCUCAUGGUGGCGCUCUCGCCGGCAAACCAGAACUGCUGAAGCGGAUGUCUACUCUGUUUAAGGUUAUGGACCAGCGCUCGUCGAGUCUGUCUUCCUUGCUGUUGCUCAAGGGAAAACUCGACAUGUUGCAUGCGCAGCUGGGACUUAGACAGUCCCUCCGCGGCGGAGCCGAGGGCAUAGACAGCGAGGAUGAGGACAAUGUCAUUUACGUCGAAGCCCAGGAAGAGUUCGAGGAUGAGGAUAGUGAUGCCGACACCGCGAAGAACGCGGUAACGCCGCGAACCAAGUCGAUACGCGAUCAGACCUACGACGAGGACGAGUCCAUGAUCGACGGUGAGCAGUCCGGUCGGGACGAGUCGGAUGAUGAAGAGGAUGAAGGCAGCGAUGAGGAGGAUGAGAACGAGGAGGACGUGUUCGACGUUGAGGCGGAGGAGUCUGUUGGUUCUUCUGAUGCUGAGGAAUCUUUAGAGGAGGACGAGGACGAGGACGAUGAUGAUGCGGAAAGCGCAGGCUCGAUGGCGGACUUCAUCGCCGACACCGAAGACGACGAGUCGGAUGUUGAUGGACUCUCUGCGCAACCCCCGCCGUCCAAGAAAGCCAAAUUUGGCGGUAGUGGAGGAAAAGGGAAGAAGUCGGGAAGGAGAUAG